GAAGUGGGCGGUGCUCCGGCUGACUGGGAAAUGUCAGCGGCUUGACGGCUUUGCCUUUCCCGGGAAGCCAGAGGCCUUGUGGUGGCCGCCACCGCCGGGGCCUCGGUGCCUGGGCCUCAGACCACACACACAGACACACACGGACACACAAACACCUGGGACCCCGCACAGACACCCGGGACCAUAUACAACUCACAGAAACACACACACACACACCCGGGACCGCUGUGGCAGACGCAGUUUCCCGGUGCUUCCAGACGCCGCGGUCGGGCGAGAUCGGACGUUUACAGAUAUGAUCCACAACUAUACAUGAAUUACUUUGGUUAAUUCGCGUGAACUUUUGAUAAUGAGUGGUGCAGCUUUGGGACUCGAGAUUGUUUUUGUCUUUUUUCUGGCAUUAUUCCUACUUCAUCGCUAUGGAGACUUUAAGAAGCAGCAUAGACUUGUAAUUGUUGGAACACUGCUAGCUUGGUAUCUCUGCUUUCUUAUUGUCUUCAUACUGCCUCUGGAUGUCAGUACGACAAUAUACAACCGGUGCAAACAUGCUGCAAACUCAAGUCCUCCUGAGAAUAACAACAGUACAGGAUCAUAUGCAACUGCUACACCAGUUCCAAGCAGCCACCAUCCAUGUUUCAAGCCCUGGAGUUACAUUCCUGAUGGAAUCAUGCCAAUUUUCUGGAGGGUGGUAUACUGGACUUCACAAUUUUUAACAUGGAUUCUAUUACCUUUUAUGCAGUCCUAUGCAAGAUCAGGAGGAUUUUCCAUCACUGGAAAAAUUAAAACUGCACUAAUAGAGAAUGCAAUCUAUUAUGGUACCUACUUACUGAUUUUUGGAGCAUUUUUAAUUUAUGUAGCUGUAAACCCACGUUUGCACUUAGAAUGGAACCAACUUCAGACCAUUGGUAUAGCUGCUGCAAAUACAUGGGGUCUAUUUCUUCUUGUGUUGCUAUUGGGGUAUGGUUUGGUGGAAAUUCCUCGGUCAUACUGGAAUGGAGCCAAAAGGGGUUAUCUUCUUAUGAAAACUUAUUUUAAGGCAGCCAAAUUGAUGACAGAGAAAGCAGAUGCAGAAGAGACUUUAGAAGAUGUCAUGGAAGAGGUUCGCAAAGUGAAUGAAAGCAUCAAGUAUAACCAUCCAUUGAGAAAAUGUGUUGACACAAUACUAAGAAAGUGCCCUGUAGAGUAUCAGGAAAAAAUGGGGAGGAAUAUGGACGAUUAUGAAGAUUUUGAAGAAAAGCAUAAUACCUACCCUAGUGAAAAGAGUCUUGUGAAGCUACAUAAACAGGUUAUUUAUGCAGUUCAGCGGCAUCGUCGAACUCAAGUACAGUGGCAGAUUCUUUUGGAACAAGCAUUUUACCUAGAAGAUGUAGCCAAAAAUGAAACUAGUGUUACCCAUCAGUUUGUUCACACCUUUCAGUCACCGGAGCCAGAAAAUAGAUUAACUCAGUAUUUUUAUAAUCCUACAGUUGAAUGGUACUGGGAAUGUCUAUUGCGACCAUGGUUUUAUAGGAUACUUGCAGUGGUUUUGUCCAUCUUCUCUGUGAUAGUUGUGUGGUCAGAGUGCACUUUCUUUAGCACAAGGCCUGUCUUAUCCCUCUUUGCAGUCUUCAUACAGCUGGCCGAACAAACAUAUAAUUAUAUUUAUAUUGAGAUUGCUUGCUUCCUUUCCAUCUUUUUUCUAAGUAUUUGUGUUUAUUCUACUGUGUUCAGGAUUCGUGUAUUUAACUAUUAUUACUUGGCUUCACAUCACCAGACUGAUGCUUACAGCCUUCUUUUCAGUGGCAUGUUGUUUUGCCGUUUGACUCCUCCACUAUGUCUUAAUUUCUUGGGUUUGACCCAUAUGGAUUCAUCUAUCUCUCACCAGAAUACACAACCUACUGCUUAUACAUCUAUUAUGGGUUCCAUGAAAGUUUUAUCCUUUAUUGCAGAUGGAUUCUAUAUAUAUUAUCCAAUGUUGGUGGUAAUUCUGUGCAUUGCCACUUAUUUUAGUUUGGGAACUCGUUGUUUGAAUCUACUUGGUUUCCAGCAGUUUAUGGGAGAUAAUGACAUGACAUCAGAUUUAGUUGAUGAAGGAAAAGAAUUAAUCAGACGAGAAAAGAGGAAAAGACAAAGACAAGAGGAAGGUGAAAAUCGAAGAAGAGAAUGGAAAGAACGUUAUGGACACAAUAGAGAGGAUUCUACUAGAAACAGAAAUGUUCACGUUGACCCAAAAGAGUCAAACUUCUCAGAUAAUAGCACCAACCGAUCUACAACCAAAUAUACCAGAGUUAAUAAUAAAACUGAAAGGGACCGAGUGGAACUUCUCCAGGAUGCAGAACCUUUGGAUUUUAAUGCAGAAGCAUUUACUGACGAUCCUCUUGAGGCUGAAUCGGGAAGGUAUCAGCCUAGUGGAAGAUACCUCUCAAUGUCUCGAAGCAAAAUAUUUGAUGAUGUUUAAUGUUUAAACUUAUAAAAAACAAAGCAAGAUCAACACAUUCAAUCAUUAUGAACAUCUCCAUGUUCUAGAACUUACACUGGACUCUCAUUCUCAGUGAAAAAUAUUAGGAUAAAAAAGGCACUGAAAAUUAAUCAGAUUAUAAUAAUUUGUUUGUUGUUCAUUAAAUAAAAUUUCUUUUUAUAGGAUUUAUUACAUACCAUUCCUAAAGUGUCUGCCUAAGAAGUUCGGUUGUAGUGAAAGAGUUUAAAUUCAACAUGAUAAAGAUCAGUGUAUGAUGAGAGUAUAUAAUUCAACUUCAGACUUUUUUUUUUUAGGGAAGGUCCAAGAAAGCCAUAAGUCAUAAUUAAAUAUACAGUCUUAUUAUUUACAUUCAUUGUUGUUGAUUUACAUUUUUCGUUUUUAAAGAAUGCAUUGAUCCUAUAUAUCCCAAAGAAAUUGAGACCUCAAAUUAUAACCAUAUAUAUAUACAAAACCCGUGUCUUAAAACAAGGCUUACUUCUAGACACAGCUGAAUGUAGAAAGCUCUUUUUCAAUUCUGUAUGCAAAUUAGUGAGGUUUUUGCCUGUAUAAUUAAGAUUAUGUUUCAAUCAGUGUGUUUGUAUAUUUAGCAUGUGUGCUGUGAUUAGGUUAUAUGUUAUUGCAGUCUUUUUAGUAAUAACAACAUUCUUUUAUGCUUUUGGUACUGCUUUAUGAAAGACUUUUAUUCAGAGAAAAAUGUUCACCUGUAUUACUUAGCAUAUUGAUUUAAGUAUUGAUCAUUCCAUUCAAAUCCUAAGCAUUGGGGUAAAUAACCAAAGGGUGCCAUGAAACUCUCUUAAUAUUUAAAGGUGUGAAAAAGAACAUCCAGUUAUUUGGAGGAGAAAGUGAAUCCAUUUAUUGUCAUUACUAACAACUUGAUGUAAAGAAAAUGAUAUUAGAUAAGAAAUUUAAAAAACUUAUUGAGUAAACAUGCUUUAUUAUUUUAAAAAGGUUUUUUUUUCUGAGGUGAGGUUAUACCCUACAGGCUCAGGGGCUGCUCCCACAGUCCCAACAGGGUACCUGGGGUAGACCAUGCAGUACCAGAAGUCAAACCCAGGCUGCUCACAUGAAAAUCAUGAAUUCCAGCCCUUAGAGCUAUUUUUCUGGCCCUUGAAUAGAUUUUUCACCUUCAUGUUUAAGCCGAAGUUUGGUAUUAGUUUAUUUUAAUGCAUCAGUGUUUUAUUUCACAUUAAAUACAGUUGAGCACAUCUGGCUUGCAGAGGUUAUUUUGUGGUCCUGUGAUGUUUGCAACUCCUAUGAAUAUGUGCUGUGGAUUCAAUCACUAGUGACUUGAACUCACUCAUGACCAUCUCAGUUUUACAAUUGUUGUUCUAUGUAAUUUUUAGUAUAGUUCUCAGUCUCUUAAGUAUUCCAUUUUGAAAAUGUUGUUACCCUAACAAUAUAAUUACAUUUUUUGAAGAUAAUCUUUUUCAGAAUUAUAAUUUAAUUUUUUUACUUUCAUGUUAUCAUGUAAUUUUUUUUUUUUUGGCUUUUUGGGUCACACCCAGUGAUAAUCAGGAGUUACUCCUGGCUCUGUUGUUAAGAAUGUCCUGGUGGUGUUAAGGGGACAACAUGGGGUGCCGGGGAUAAACCCAGGGUCAGCUGUGUGCAAAGCAAGCACCCUAUCCACUGUACUAUCACUCUGACCCCAUCAUGUAUAUUUUUUAAAGACAGCCCUAUACAGAAUGGUACUGAAAGGAAUAUUAAAAAUACUAAUUAUCUUAUUUUUAAUUUUCAUAAUUCUUGAGAGUAGAUUCCCAUUAAAACAAUAGUUACAUGUGCUACCAAUUACAACCAAUUCCUAUAGCUGCUUGAGAACAAAUACAUGUGUCUACUCAGAGUUUUAUUGUGAAAUGUUAUUUUUUGCAAUUUUUUAAUUGACCAUUAAUACCUUGGGUGAAUUUUAUAACCUUUCAGUGCCUCGAUAACUUCAUUUGUGGUAUGAAAAUUAAAACUAUGUAUUUUUCCACCUCACAAAAAUAUUGUGAGGAAAUGAGUUGAUGUUUAUUUAACUGAUGGGGAAAUGAAUGCCUCAGAAUGAGGUGUGGUAUCUUUUGUUACUAAGAAGCUUCCAAGUUCCUAAAACAAAAACUUAUUGGAAUAGUCCCUAAAAGGUUUAUAAAAAUAGUGUUAUUUUAUUAGUUGGUCUUUGGGUUUGCUUUGAAAUAUUUCUCUUAAGUAUAAAAUUAUUUCCACCAGGUUUUGUUAUGAAACUCAGGUUGCAUUGUAGGGGCAGUAAAAGAAAAGAAAAUAUUCAAUUGCUUUUAUCAUAAACUCAGAUAAAUGGUAGUAAUGUUGAAAGGAAUGUACUACUUUUUAUUACUAAUUUUUUAUGAUUGUGGUCAUUGAAGUAUUAUACAGUACUUCAUAAAUAGUAUAGAUUCCUGUAUUGUUUUGAAGUUAUUUCCAAAAUUACAUUUGGUUUUUAAAGUGAUGCAGAGUUUUUGCUUUUUUUUGGUUGUUGUUUUGCAGUGCUUGGGAUUGAGUCUAAGAUCUCACACAUGCAGGGCAAGUGAUUUACUAAUAAUCCACAUUCCCAGCCUGAGUUUUCACCUUUUACAGUAGAAUUUGUCUUACAGGGUUUUUUUAAUAUACAGAUAGGUAGGUUACCUGACAGUAAAUUUGAGAAUACAGGAGAUAAUUUAACCCCUUGAAGACUAAGAGUUCAUUGCUAGGAAACUAAAUUCAUCCUUAUUAAUCUACCUUGCAGAAAAAACUGUAAAAGGAACAAAAUACUUGUUUUGAGAAAUUUAUUAAAAUGUAAUGACAUUACUGCAGCGCCACUAAUAAAUUCAUGUACUCUACUAUAGAGUACAUUUCUUGAAGAGUUAUUCUGGUAAUUGCCUGUAUCUUACAUAAUAAUAGGUAACUUUAAAUUUUCUAGCUUAUUUUUAAAGUAUUUUUCGGUGAGACAAUAAUUUAAAGUAAACUGUAAUAGAAAGUAAUAAUCUAUUAACUUCAUUAAUCAUUUGUAGGUUAAUAAUUUUUGUUACUACAUCAAUAAUUAUAAUCAAUAGGGCAUUUAAAAAAUAAAUUGUAAAUUUAUUUAUUAGAAUUUGUUCUACUGCCAAAUGAUUGUAAGGAUUAGAAGAUACAAAAUACUUUAUUUUGCAAGAGGGUAAAGCCCAAGUCAAAACACUCAGGAGUUUUCCAGUUAUAAAAAAUAGAGAAUUUGACACCCUCUAACUUUGAAAAGAAAUGCUGCCAAGUUAUUUGUUUUUGGAUCUUACUGUUUGAUUAGAUUAUUAGUUAUUUACACUGGUUGUUUAUCCCACUGAAAUUAAAUGUUUGUUAGGAAAGUUACCGUGUGUAUUUCUUAACUAUAUUUCAGCACAUUAAUGGAGGAAUUUUAUUUAUUAUACAAUAACAAACCUCAUUUUUAAAUACUUUUAAUAGAUUUAAGGGAUGACCCUAAUAAAUGUUGAUUCCUUUUUUAUUGCUUAUUUUGGGGGUGGCACCAGGCAGUGCUUGAGGGACCAUAUGAGGUGCAAGGGAUCAAACCCAGGUCAACCUUGUACAUGACAAGUACCCUACCCACUGUACUAUUUCUCCAGUCCCUAGAAUAAAACUAAACUCUGUUGUUCACUCUUCAAUGUGAACUCAAAACGAUCAGGAAUUGUGUGUUUUAUAGUUGUUGUUUGAGUAGACGGUACCUGAAAAUCACCAGGAUAAGUAUUUUUGCACUAAGAGGCCAAAAAAAAAGUCCCUAAAAAUCUUAAGAUACUUGAAUCUGCUAGGUAUAAUGAAAUGUUCAGAAAUCAGUCGAAUUAGUUUCGUAUCUUUUCAACUUCCAUUCCUUAUUUCUUUUAUAGAUUCCUUUCUUUGGAGCUGCUAUUGUUUGGCUUUUAAUGUGCUCACAGAUUUUUUCAUCUAUUCUAUAUUCACGCAUUAGUUUAUCUCUGCACUCAAAAGCAGAUGAUUGUGAUUUCAAAGCCUACUUACUACUGGAAUACCAGUGUUGCACCUAAAGAGGUGAAACAGAUUUUGCCAGACAUCUGAAUAUGAUCCAUGCUGAUUUAGUCUAUUGUCUCUCAAGUCAUAAAGAUGGAUACUUUAGUCAAGUGAGGUAUUCUCAGUGUAAUGUGGCAUAAAAAAUGGAUUUCAAAGAUAAAAAAAUAGUAAUUGAUUACAAACAUGAAGAACCUCUUAAUGAAAAAAAAAUGAAAAAUGACGUACAUUAUUGUCAAAGCUUUUGUUAGGAGAGUUCCAAACACUAAAAUAGGUUUAUAGGAAGUCUUUUAAAGAUAGGGAUUUCCUUUUUCAACUCAGUGAACUGGAAGACUCUUUUGUGUUAUCCCAUUUCGACUCCUAGAAGCCCCUGUGAGCCAUCUCUAGCCAAGAACACACUAGACACCCUAGCCCCAGUCCCUAGAUCUGGUCUCAUUGUAGUGGCACCAUACUUAUUCCUUGAUGGUCAGUCUGGUUUCACUAAAAGUUUAUUUCCAUGUAAAAGAUGUGCCUAUUGAGCUUGAUUAAAAGCCUUGCAGUAAUUUAGAAUUUGUUAAUAAGACAAAUGGCAUAUUCUUCUUAUUGACAACUUGGAAGACAUUCGUUUUUAGCAAACUACAUAGGGAAAACUUUUUUCCCUUGAAAGUCUUUUUUGUGUGUGGUUAUCUUGAUCCCAAUACAUUUUAUGAAAAGAGUUACUAUACUUAGUAUGAGUGUUGAAAGAGUGACUUACUGUGGCAGACAUCUGUAAGAUAGUCAUAAUUUAUUGGUAUGAGUGUGUUGAGUUGUUAGUAGUAAGAAAAAUCUUAAUCAGCCAAGUCACCUAGAGCUGUAUUUCUCAAAAGAAUGCUGGCUGGCAUCUUCCCUAGUAUACCAUAUCAUAGGGGAGAGACUGUGUAUUUAUUUUUUUUUUAAGCAAUCCAAUGGAUUUGUUUUUGUCCAUUUUUUGAAAACAACGUGAAUGAUUUUUCUCAUUGUAGAAGACAACAUAUGGAUCUGUCUCUCAAAUUACUGUAACAUAUAUAUUUAUAAAUUAUAGCAUUGAGAAAAGAUCUUUAAUGUUCAUGUUGUUUGUUCCUGGUAUUUAAUUUUUAUAAAAUGUUUUGUAAGUAACUAAUUGUAAUGUUGCUUUUAAGUAGUUUCAAGAUCUUUCUUAAAUGAGAUCUGCAUAGAACCUGUUUUCCUGUAAGCAAUCUUCUGAAGUUCAUUAGUCCAAUGUGAAUUUGAAAUAUACAUACUUCUGUUUAUUAUCUUUUUAUAAAUACCUGUACCCAAGAAAAAUAUACCAAAAUCCUAAUUAAUGUGUUGCAUUAAUAAAGCACUUAUUUAUUCAUUGGAUUAAAUGAAAUAGAAGAUAAGUAUUUUCAAAUGUGCAUCUGAUCAUAACUUUUCAAAAUGAUAAUUGUGCUCAUUUGUUGGUGCAUGGUGCCAAAUUUAUCUUUAAUUUGCUAUUAUUAUCUGAAAUGUAAUGAUUGAUGUUUUAUUAUCUAAUGGCCUGUAAAUUUAAUAUUUUUCUCUGCACAUUAUCACUACAUUUUCAAAUGAGUAUUUGGAAAAACUUACAAAGUGCUAUCUAAAUAUAUAAAAGUUAGCAUCUUUGGCCUUAUCUAUGCAUAAUGUUCAGUUGGAUUUUGACAAAUUCAUGAACUUGCAGUUGCUUUGUACUAUUUUAACUUAUUGUGAUGUAAUGAACUUUUGGAAAUGUUAUUUGAUUUACUGAUACAAUAUUUAAAAAUGUAGCUUUGCAUGGAAAUAAAGUACAUUUCUACAUGUUA